CGGCAAGCCCAGCGGCAGCGCUGUCCUCCGCAGAUAGCCGGACGUGAUUGGAGAUACGAGCUGUACUAAAGACAAGGCGAAUGCCAAAUGCAAUGCAAUGCACUUUCACAUACAAACGCGCCUUCAUCUCGUGCCGGCUCGCGAUACAAGCACUGACUACCAAGAACUGCUAGACCCAAGAUACCCCGCCGUUGCUACACCAUGGGCACCAACGUGUACCCCCACCCUGAGCCCCAGUUCGUCAACUUUCCCAGCAGACGAUCUGUGAUACACAGCACGAAAGGCAUUGUAUCAUGCACCCAGCCUCUCGCCAGCGCCGCUGGAAUUGAGGUGCUCCGUAAGGGUGGAAAUGCCGCGGAUGCCGCCGUGGCCGUGGCGGCUGCCAUCAAUGUCAUGGAGCCUGGAUCCACGGGAAUCGGUGGUGACAUGUUUUGCUUGUUCUACGACGCGAAGACCAAGAAGGUGUCUGCCAUGAACGGCUCAGGUCGUUCAGGCAAAGACGUCACGCUCGAUAAGAUUCGGGGUGCUCUGAAGAUCAAAGACGGGGAAACUGGACAGAUCCCCAUGAGUAGUGUACAUGCUGUGACGGUACCGGGCGCUGCAGCUGGUUGGGUUGACUGCGUUGAACGGUUCGGAAGCAAAAAGGUCACGUUAGAAGACGUCCUAGCACCCGCUAUCGAGCUCGCCGACAAGGGCUAUCCGAUCUCUGAGCUCUCUGCUACAUUCUGGGCGAACAGUGAGAAGUCAAUCAAGCAGGCAUCGCCCAACUUCGCCGAAAUCCUCAAAAAGGACGCUUCCGCUCAGGAUGGCUGCAGAGCGCCAAAAGCAGGCGAAAUAAUGCGCAACCCGACCAUAGCUAAUACAUUCAAGCUCCUUGCCAAACACGGGAAGAAAGGCUUCUACGAGGGUGAAGUAGCCGAGCAGCUCGUAAAAGUGGUCUCAGAUCUCGGCGGCUUCCUCACGCUCGACGACCUAAAACACCACGCAGAGGCUGGAUCCGAGCCCGUUGACCCCAUCUCCCUCAAGUACACUGGCCAAGGCGUCGGUUCCAACACUGACGGCGGCGUCGAACUCUGGGAGCAUCCACCCAACGGCCAAGGUAUUGUCGCCCUGAUGGCCCUCGGCAUCAUCCAAGAACUCGAAAAGCAAGGCAAGAUCCCUACUUGGAGCUACAAAGACCACAACAGCACGGCCUACCUACACGCCGUUAUUGAAGCCCUUCGCAUCGCGUUCGCCGACGCACACUGGUUCGUCACCGACCCCAACGUCGUCAAAGUCCCCUCCGCAGAGCUCAUCUCCUCGUCCUACCUUGCCGAGCGCGCAAAGCAAUUCGAUCCUAAAAGUGUCAUCUCCGCUCCCGUCCACGGCUCCCCCGCGCACCUCCAAAGCGACACCGUCUACUUCUGCUGCUCCGACUCAGAAGGCAACGCCAUCUCCUUCAUCAAUAGCAAUUACGGCGGCUUCGGCACCUGCAUCGUGCCAAAGGGCUGCGGCUUCACGCUACAGAACCGUGGCGCGAACUUCAGCCUAGCUGCCGACCACCCGAAUGUCCUCGCCCCGCGCAAACGCCCCUACCAUACCAUCAUUCCUGGCCUCGUUACCUAUGCGAAGGACAGUUCGCUGCACAGCGUCUUCGGCGUCAUGGGCGGCUUCAUGCAGCCCCAGGGCCAUGUGCAGGUGCUACUCAACCAGGAAGUCUUCAAGCUGAAUCCUCAGGACGCGCUGGAUUCGCCGCGGAUCUGCAUCGGUGCUGGUAUGCCCGGUGACGAUGGGAAGAUGACCGACGCGACGGUGUACAUUGAGGAGGGCAUUGAUGCAAAGGUUGUGGAGGAGUUGAAGGCGCUGGGACAUAAUGUGCAGAAGUUGAGUGGAUAUGGACGGGGUAUGUUCGGGCGUGGGCAGAUUAUUAGGCAGCACUUUGAUGAUGGGGUCAUGGUGUGGAGCGGGGGGAGUGAUUUGAGGGGUGAUGGGGCGGCGGUCCCGCAGUAGGGGCGGGUAGAGUGGAUGUCAGAUGCUCGAUUGAUGCAGCCCACUAUACCAGGAUGCAAGUACAACCAUUGGACAACGACAGGGAAAACAGCAAGUAACAAGUUCGUGUUGUCGGACCAUUUGUCGUGCUGAAAAAAACCCAAAUGAUCACUAUGUAAAGUCCGAUCCGCACGUAGAGCUACCUCUCACUCAGCUUCUUCCAGGAAUAGCACAAUAUGUAUUUCACCAU